CACUCUUGUGUUCGCAAGACAUCUUGUUUCAAGUUUUUGGACAACUUGUGGAUGAGCUCAACGAUAUAAAAAAUGGAGAAGAUGAGGGGGAGGGGACCACACAAUCCUUCCUACGCAGUACCAUGCUACAUGCUGCUCUGACCUGUCGGGCUAUGCAAGAACCAGCUCUGGACGCUUUAUGGAGGAUAUUGGACUCUCUACAUCCUCUGUUCGAGCUCAUAGACUGGUUCGGCGCCGUCGAUGGCAACUUUACGCUGAUCAAAGGGGUCACGGAUGAGGAACUACAGCGCGUCCGAAAAUAUUCCUGUCGCGUCCGUAAACUCUUCUACGUGGGCAGCUACUUCUAUCCAAUUCAUCCCAUCGCCUAUCUAAGACUGACUGAGUAUCUGGGCACGCCAAUUCUACCUUUGCUCAGAGAGUUGACAUGGAUGUCCAAAGAUGUCGGUGUACAACUGCCGCCACUUGUUACUCCUGGUCUGGUGAAGGUCAACAUACGGCUAUUCAUCUCGGAAGACGAUGACGAGGACGAAGAUGAUAAUUUCAAGAUGGCGCACUCGGUCACGCAAACUCAAGCAAUCCAGACUAUUGUGGAAUAUUUAGCGAAUAAGGCGCCGGACAUUCAAGACCUCACCUUCGGUAACUUUAAGCCGGAAGUAUCCUUCUACACCUUGUGCAAUUUCAGGCGCUUGAAAAGCCUUCGUAUAACCACCGACGUGUAUUGGCAACCAUUUUCGUCCUUUGUGUCCAUCUCAUACAGUGAUCUCCUCGCGUUGUCCCGAUUGGAGACUCUCAUGGAACUCUCUGCUAAUGUGGAAGAUACGGACGUGCCGGCAAAUGCAAAGGCUCUCUUGUUCCGGUCCCUACGGGAGCUGAAGCUCACGGGCCGUCCGUCCAAAGUCAUCAGUGUCCUGCAGCUCGUGCAAUCGACUACUCUCCAGCGUAUCGAUGUUUGCUUGGGCGCAGGGGAUAUGCCGCGAACUGAUUGGUACCAAACUAUCUUCCGCUGUGUUAGCUUGCCCAGCUUGCGCCACUUGUUUGUGGAGAUGCUGGGCGAUCUACAGAAGCAGAAUGUACGCGCUGGUGUUAUUCUGGAUGCUCGGACUCUUAUAAACCCGUUGCUCGGAUGCCCAAAGCUGACGCAUUUCGAGAUUGAACUGAGCAGCCACGCCGAACAGUGUGUACUUAUGGACGACAACGAUUUGCUUCAUAUGGCUCAAGCAUGGCCGCUCCUUGAGUACUUUUGCUGGAACUUCGCUUUCGAUAUGUCCCGCGUUCCCACCAUGCGAGGCUUCCAGGCUUUCACAGCUCAUUGUCCCGGACUGCGAACUCUAAUGAUUGCGUUGGACGGCAAUGUACCGUUCCCCGAGUCUGCCUCGGCACCUGCCUCGCAACAUGGUCUGAAGAUGCUCGUCGCGUACGGGCCUGAGUUAAAGGAUAUCACGGAGGCCGCAAAAUGGUUGUAUGCGCUCUUUCCAUCCAUAGAGGACGUCUUGGAUCGCGGGAAAUGGCCAGAGGUGCUCAAAGUCGUCCGAGCCUUCCGGAGAAUGAGAGCGGUUCAUGGUUGA